AUGCGGGCCGCCCUGGCCUUCCAAGACGUCACCAGCUUUGACCCCGGUUGGUGCUACGGGUAUCGCUUGAGAAAGCGUGCCGCGGUGGAGGAUGGCAAUCCCGAUGAAGGCGCCGGCGAUGCCUACGAGGGUUGGGAGGAUGGCCUUGACGAGGGCUCUGGGGAGAAGAUCUUGACGGUCAUGAGGCGCUCUGGACUCCAGGGGUUGCUGGUGGUCGUGAGCCGAUGGCAGGAUCACGGCCGGGACUACCAGACGCCAACCCCGGGUCUUGAGCUUUACGGCUUGCAGCUCUACUCGAUGGUGGUGGAGCGUUGCAAGGAUCUGCUGGCCAACAUCAAGAUGGCAAUGGGACUGGGCCAGGCGCCUCCGAGCCCUCCGCCUAUGCCAUUCUUCAAGGAGAGGCUCAGCAAGAAGACCAUUGACUUCAGCUUUCUCCCGCCACUUCCCGAGCCUCGAGUGCCCACGAAGUUCGGACCCAACCACUUCUUGUACGAGUCCUCCAUGAACAAGCAGCGGUCAAUGCCUUCCCUAUUCGGAGGAGGAGAUGUGCGUCUCUGGAUGGCCAACGACGAGUGCUUGCGUCACUUGCCAGACUCCGAGCUCUGGGCACUUCGGGCAAUACGUCAGCCGGAUCCUUUGAUCGAGCGUACGCUCCAUGCCGUGUCCCUUCUUCGUGGGCAGAGCCCUGCAGCUCUAAGUGGGCCACCUGCCGCCAGAUGGGGGCAUCUGCUUCAGACGCUGCGCUCGCAAACUCUGCGCACGGAGCUCUUGCUCUUCGAUGCGCGCUGCAUCUCCCAAAAGACGGCGCAGAUGGCAUUGUCAGUGCUGGAGGGCAUGGACGCGGAAGAGGUCCGCCGAGCGAACCCUGGUGCCGGGGUGCUUUUCGAGUGGGCUCAGGGCGUGGCGCGCUAUCGCUGCCUCGGCCCGCCGGAGUCGGAAGAGGAUGAUGCUCUCGCUGUGUUGCGGCCCUUGCCUCGGAAGACCAAGACAUUUCCGGGUCUGCGUUGUGAAGUUCGUUGGUGCGUAGUUGCGAAUGUCUUGACUGUCGGGUCCAGGCACGCCUCUUCCAAGAACGUCGAUACCAAAUCUGGAUUUGAGGGAUUUGACUGUCUCAUGUUGGACAUAGUGGGAUGA